UGCAUAGCACUUAGAAUGUAGGAAGGCAACCCUGGAAGAGAGCAGGGAGCUUCCAAGAUGGCUGCGAUGUAGCACAAACAUGAGCACAAAUAAACCCAUAUGCGUUCCCGAAACAAUCGGUCGUAAUCAGUCGUAUUACUCCAACUACGACACGUUACAAUAGCGACGAGGAUGCGUCUGAACUACGUGAAGGCUGCCAAGCAACUAUUUGAAACGGAACGAAUAUAUCAGCACACAUCGACCGAACUUCUACUUUGCAGUAUGGCGCACGGCAUGCUUCCCUCGUUUCCUUUCUCCGACGCGCGUGCCACUGACGCCAACAACAUCGGCACUGAAUGGUUGAAGUGGGUGAAACGCUUCGAAAACUUCAUCGUAGCCUGCGGCAUCACAGCCGACGCCCGGAAGACGGCCCUACUACUACACUAUGUUGGUGAAGAAGUUCAUGACAUUUACUGUUCGCUACCUGAUCCUCCCGCAGCCGCAACUGCGUCUACCGUUUCAAGCACCGAUGGCUCCAGCAACGCAACGCCUCUCUACACCGCAGCACGCAAGAAGCUCGAUGGCUAUUUUGCACCCCGAGUGAACACUACCUUCGAGAUUUACCGCUGCCGUCAAGCCAAGCAAAUGGAAAACGAAUCACUCUACGCAUUCUACGCCAGACUACGACAGCUCGUUAAGCACUGUGCUUUCGCCAAUGCCGACACCGAAAUCAAGAAUCAAAUCCUACUGUCUACAGUGUCAACACGUCUACGCCGGUAUGCCAUGCAGCAUGACCUCGACUUGCAAGGAAUUCUCAAACAAGGCAGGUUGUUUGAAGAGGUUGAGCACAACAUCUCUGUGAUCGAGCAAGAACGUCAGCAGUACAAAGAAAACUCAGCGUCAGCGUCUACACUUGCAGUGAACUCCAAGCGCACCUCGCGACCUCAUCAGCCGAAGUACCACGGGAAAGCGCCGUCACGGCCUCGCGAGCUUCCGCGCCAUCAAAGGACAGACGCAACGUGCUACAACUGCGGAAAACCAUGGCCUCAUAGUGAGGGACGCUCCAGUUGCCCCACUCUUGGCAAACAGUGUAAUGCUUGUCACAAAACUGGACGCUUUGCUAGUGUGUGUCGUUCAACACGCAAAACCGUGCAUGCAGUCGUGCGGGAAAGCAGCCCUGACAGUGAUGAACACGCUUUCAUGACUUCCUCUCACUGUCACGCAGUCACAGCGUCUCCACAGGUGGAUCUCAAACUCGAUGGUGAGACCGUCCGUUUUACCAUUGACACUGGCGCUACGGUGUCUGUCAUCGGUUCGAAUAGCUUAAAAAAGCGUUUGAGCUCGGAAACACUGUCCAAGACGUCUACGAAAGUAUUUGCUUAUGGCGCAAAUUAUCCUUUACCACUACUCGGAAAGUUUGACGUUCUCAUCACUUACAAGCUAGGACAGCAGCAGCCAUGA